AUGACGGUGGAGGACGUGGGGGGACAGGAGUCCUCCAUCCUUGCCAACGAGACCGUCCUGAUGAGGGGUCUGGUGGUGCGCAGCUGGAGCAAUCAGAUCUCCAUCCGUUACCACAGUGACCAGCAGCCCCGCUCCAGCUCCCUGCUGCUGCUGCGUUACCAAGGUGAGGUCACAACACAGAACCACACGACUACACACACCAGGACACCCUCACACAGGUCUCCUCCCUAUCAAUUACUCCAUUCUGAUUCACCAGUGAUGCACACCCAAUGCACAAUACAAAUGUGUCUGAAACAAUGUGGUCCAGUGUAGUAAGGUUUGAGGUAUAGAGAUAGAAAUCCUCUAGUAGCAUUUGGUUCAGCCGCAGCGCUCUUUAUGCUGAUAGCUCUCAUCACUAGUCAACACGGCUUGCUCAUGUUAGGCUGAAAAAUGACAAGGGCUGUCAUUUCAGCUAUGUAAUUACAUAGGAGAAGUAUUGUGCUAAUAGACUUUUACAGAGCUGUCAGAUAGCAGAGGGCUGUCGGGCCCAUUGUUCCUCAUCCCACCGCAGUCUUUCAUGUGAAAACACCAGGAGAAGGGGAAAAAACAACACAGCAUUAAGCCAAAAUCUUUUGUCUCCGCAAGCUAAGGAAGUAUGACAGGCUUGCAGAAGAAUAAUGCAUUCUAAUAUGCCUCUGAUGUGCCUGGCAAAUAGAGUGCCACCUCCUUGCCCCUCAAACUCCCCCUCUGUCUCUCUCCCUUUCUCUCUAAUACAGUAAAUGACAAUGAUCUGUUACAGUACAUGACAAUAGUAAUGAAACCCUUCCAACAAUUUGGCAACCCAAUUCAUGCCUCAAGGACUUUAAGACUGUAUCUAGACAUGGCUCCUGACAGAACAUCUGCCAUUUUCAUAUCAAGACAAGAGUAUCAUUCAUUACAUUUUACAUUUUAGUCAUUUAGCAGACGCUCUUAUCCAGAGCGACUUACAGUUAGUGAGUGCAUAAAUUUUCAUGCUGUCCCCCCAUGGGAAACGAACCCACAACCCUGGCGUUGCAAGUGCCAUGCUCUACCAACUGAGCUACAUAUUCAUAUAUCAUUCAUAUGACAUAACAGCUAACUGUUUCUAUUUGCCUGAGCCCAAGGCCCAGUUUGUCCAAUCACAUCCAGUCCACUUACCGUUUAGGAAAUAGCUCAUCAGUGUUUCUAAGUGGCCCUGUGUGUCUUGUUUGGCCUGUCUGAGAGCUGGCACUGCCAUGGUAAUAACCCCCACAUUUCACUGUGUUAGAGCAGGGAGAGGGGGGCAGAUGGGGACCACAGUGGGGGAGUAAUGAGAACUUCUACCAGGCCUCUAAUGGACCAAUUAUACCUGUGACCUGUGUCCCGUGCAUCGCCACUCACAAUGAGCCAUGGCCUUUGUGUAUCCCAAACAGCCAUAGAAAGGGAAGCUAAUGCAGUAAUGUUGCUGUUCACCAUGUGUGGUUAGACUCUGUCCCUGUAGGGUUGAAAUGUAUUGUUGGAUAUAUGAAUAGGUUUUUAAGUACAGCCUUUAAUGCGCUGAAUUCAUAUUGUCCAUUGAUUAUACAGAACUGUGUGGAAAAAAAGCCCUCUUCAGAAUAGUAACCAAUAAUGAAGCAGUGGGUGAUGUAGAAUUCUAUUCAUUGCAACUCUCCCACACACAUGCACACUUCACUGUUAGUGCAUAUACAGACCAUGUGAUCUCCAUUAGACUGGCAGCACAGAACACUGCUUAUUGAGGAAGCGGGUGAACUUUAAAGAUUCAAGCCCCUCAAUCAUUCACAAAGAAAUGGGAGAAUAGCAGCCAUGCCCCGGAGACUCAGAGCAAACAGACCACAAGAGAGAGGUGAAUGGAGAUCCAACAGUAAAGGGGUGUAGAAAUAUAAUAUUUAUUUUGGGUCAGAGACGAGUGAGACCACCUCAUAAGCAAUUAGUCUGAGUACAGUACAGGCUACUGAGUGGCGAUCCAUUGAAAUAGCAAAACAACCAUCACCUACUGGAUAUUCGAAAAUAUCACAGGUAUGUAUUAACAAUAGCAUUGUAUUAACACCAACUCAUUGAAUAAAAGACAACACAUCCAAUUUGAAAAAUAAACCUUGCUCAAAAUACAAGUAUUUCCUACUAUUCUGCUGAGGGUGAAACAGACUGGUUUUGAAAAGCAUCAACCAACAACAAACAGAAUCUGUGCUCAGUAAAUGACUUGGCUCUCACCCACAUGCAUCCUGCAUGAGAGCAGACACCACAGGGUCUCCUGUUGAGCAGCUCUCUCUGGCUCCAGCAUCACAUCAUAAUUCCCCCUCAUACUCAGACAAGUGAGCCCAACCAUCAGGGCUUUAUCCUAACGCACUGAGCAAAGAACACCCUCAACAAAUCUUCAAAGCAUGGCUUUUCAGACUCUAUUAAAGCAUAGGGGUGCAUCUGUGGGGGUUCAGAAGGCAACCACAUGUUUAAGUCAUUCAGUGCUGUAGGUAUUGUGUCAAAUUUUUAUGUCAGUGUAUUACAUUCUCUCUAAUUGAUAUCAGACGUUAUGGCAGUAUGAAAUGCUUUCACACUGCACCCGUGAAAUUGUUAGGUUCAUCAAAGCAACAAUAGAGGCCUAUAAAGUCAUCAUAACGUAUGAAGUCCCAUUAGUUAUACAGAGCUAAUGAUGUUGUGGAACAGCAGGUCUGAAUGUGAAUGAUAAAUCACUUUCACAGUAACGUUAAGCCUAUUUAAAAUUGCUAUUUGAAAUCAUCAGUCUAAGGAAAAAAGGUACUUUUCAGAAAAUAUUUUGCUUUCUAUAUUAAACAAAUUCCAAUAUGUAAAUGCAGCUAUACUCUUCAAUCUAUUUAUAACCGUUACUGCACAAGUAUGACCGAAACGUUUACCUUUUUUCCAGCGAAUUUCAAAAGCUGUCGCGAUUUAGAUAUUUCAGAUAUUUCAAUUUGUGUUCAUCUCCAUGGUAUGCGCAAUCACCUUGUCCUCUUAUAAUGGGGUGUGAAAAAUGUGAUGGGAUAAGCGUUGAGAAGGAGACAGAUCUGUAGAGAGAUAGAUUUCAGCUCUAGGUAAUUAAUAUCUGCAGAAGGCGCUGGUGCUAGCUGAGAUGACAGGCUGAUGAAUGCUGCAGUACUGUUUGUGUGUCUAGAAUACCAUAGACUAGACGUAAUAUAGUAAAUGUAAAUCCUGGACACUCAAAUUAACAUGAUAUGUUUGUUAUGGUUACAUAAGACAGAUGGUUACUUAAGGCAAAAACGAAAGUAGGGUAGCUGGUCAUGGUGGAUGGGUGGGCAUAUAAUGUGAACGUCUAGCAUCCAAAAGGUUGUGUGUUCGAAUCUCAUCACGGACAACUUUAGGAUUUUAGCUAAUUAGCUAAUUUUCAACUAGUUACUACUUUUUAGCUACUUUGCAACUACUUCACAUGUUAGCUAACCCUUCCCCAAACCCUAACCUUAACCCUUCUAGCUAACCCUUCCCCUAACCUUAACCCUAACCCCUAACCCUAACCCCUAGCUAAUGUUAGCCAGCUGACGCUAGCCACUUAGCUAGAAUUCGUAACAUAUCAUACGUUUUGCAAAUUCAUAACAUAUAGUACAUUUUGCAAUUCGUUACAUAUAGUAUGUUUUGAAAAGUCGUAACAUAUAAUACGAAUUGUAAUUUGUAACAUAUCAUACAAAAUGGGUGAUGGACAUCCACAAAUUAAUACAUCCCAUACGAAACGUAAUGUAUCAUACUAAAUGCUUUGUCUCAGAUUUACGUACAGAAUAUUACGAAAUGCUCUGAGACCAGGUUGAGAAUGCCCCUUUCUUAUUCAACUCUCCUGAGGGUUGAGAAUGUUGUGUGUGCGGUACAUACAGAAAAGAGUGGUCACUCAGGCUGAUAUUGGUGAAAGCAAACAUAAACUAAGCCCUGUUUCAAUUCCUUUAUGACUUCCCUGAUCCCUCACGCUGAGGUCGACAUUUAACGAGUGUCUAGACAGGUAGAGACAUGGUUCUUGGAUAUGUCUGUAAUUCAUCACUGAAAUAGAUCACGUUGUUCUGGUUCAUGUCAUGUAAUGCUUUUAACCACUCAACUAUCUCCCACCACCCACCUAUAAGUCUUAUGAAUACUAUAGCUGACUCCUAGAGGUUUCAGUCAUGUGUCUCUCAGUGUGUCUUCUCUGUAAUGGGGACAUCUGUUGGUGUGACACCAGAUGGGAGGGAGAGGAAGGCAGGGUCAUUUCCUACUCUAACUCCCUUAUCACUAAACAAAGUAUCUCUGCAUUUCGUAAUUGAUACUCAGUCCCAAGGGUAGAGAUGCAUUUUUCAUCUGGUCAUGUAAAAUACAGGAGUCUGUCGAUUGGCCAUGUCUGUGGUUAGGAGACGGCUGGAGAGGUCUGAAGAGCAGAGGGAUACAUUCCCCAACCAAUCAAUUUAUCACCUCCACUAAGUCAGUAUGUAUUGAACGGCCAAUGAGAUUACAAUAUUUCACAUGUCAAAGAAAGCCAUCCACUCAAAUGUCAAGUGACAGUAUGAUUUGAUCCACAGCCUCAAGUUCCAUUCGAUUCAGUUUGAUUGCCUGCCCAGGGACAACAUGUGGUUUUGUGGUUCAGCAUCAUCAGCAUCACAGUUGAAACAACCUUUGAAAACGAAGUGAAAGGUCUGGUGAAUUACUCUGAUUUUAAGGACAUGUGAGCCUUGCUCCAUACGAGCUCACUGCUGAAACACUACCCUUAAACAAAGAUCAAUAGUGUUGUCCCUGGUAAGAGAGGUUCAAUCUGCCUCGACCACAGUCCUGCUGUGAUGUAUUGAUAUUUAUGUGGUUGGGUUAAACACUCAAUUCCAAUUGUCAACUGCUCAAUAAAUGCUAUUAAGGAGAAAUAAACUUUAGACUGCAUCCGGCCCGGUCCCAUCAAUGAGGGCUGGUCUACUCUGGACUGAUGAGUAGUAGAGUGACUCUCUCCUGAGCACCCAAUUACAUUACCACUGAUGCUGUAGGCGGCCCUGCCACCUGUGAUUACUGCUGAUUAGUUGCCAUGAAUCAGUUAUGAUUUGUAAUCAUUGUCAUCAUCAUCAAUACCAUUGAUUUGCUGUACUUAAUAAGUCAUACAAUUCACAAUACAUGACAGAUUACAAAUUCAACCUGCCAUAAUAGGUUAGAGGUCAAGUCAUAUUGAGUUUAUUGGACUAUUUUACUCAGUGACAUGUUAUUCCAAAGGCAUGUGAUUAGUGUGGCCUAAUGCCAAAGUGGUGGUCAAACCUACGACUAGCCACCACUGCCACUAGUAAUAAUCCUUUAUCCGCUUUGGCUCUGUGCAUCAAUACCUGUUGACCCUUGGCUGGUGAAGCAGCAAUGGUCAUUGAUGAGAUAGGAUGCCAUUCAAACUCCCAGUACAGCUGUCACUGAGGGCAGAGAUCAGGUCCACACUUCCAGUCGUUCCCUCCUCUUUCCAUCCUAUUUUCCCUCUCUGCCGGGGCAGAAUGAUCAAGGACAUUACCUCAGCAUCUGUUGCCUGAGGCCCUACCAUCAGCUAAUCUGCCUGACUGCAUUCACUGUGGAGCCAUUAUUUGUAAUAGCAAAACAAUCAGGCUUUAUGGCCCUAUACGACGACGUACAAUGGAAAGGAGGCCGCAUGUAAUUUAAUUCUUAGGGGAUUGUCUCCACACAUUAAGUCUUUGCCUGCAGCAUACACACUGUACAGGCUCAACAGAGAUGGAAAUGGUGGUAUGAUAAUGGCAAUAACUGGGCUCAGUGGAGCCAGCGAUAAACUAGGAAUUGAAUGGAUGACCUAGGGCGGCUGGACUCUCACUCUGCGCCUCAUUGAUUUACUGUAGAGAGCUUCCUGCUUCAUUAUGGUGGAAAUAUUAGUGUAGGAGAAAUCUGCGUGUUCAUUUGAUUAGAACCUAUGUUAGCACACCGAGCCCUGAGGCCUUUCUUCAGGAUGUGGUUUGUAAUUUAAGUUUGAUGUAUUGACAUUUGAUUGGUAUUUGGUUAAUAAUAGUUCAAAAGCUGCAGGGAAAAACUUGGUUAGUUGGCCUUCAAUAUCCUGUUAAAAAGUCAGAACCGAAUACCAAGAGACAAGCCUUAAUAAAAAUACUGUUGCUAUGCUUACAAAUAGUCUGUUGUUAGGCUAUGGGAGAUAUCUACAGUAUGGGCUCUUGAAUGCAGUGUGUAACAAAUCGUUUUAUCUUUAUUGGUUCUGUGCUGUUCCUAUAGCAUUAAUGCAAACAAGAAAUGAUAGUCUCUAGAUGACAAAUGUUUCUGUGUACUCUUGGCCCCCUAAGUGGUUGUUGAUCCACUGAGGCAGCCAGGUAAGAUGACAAUUUAACACUCUAUUACAGCCCAGAGAGUUAUGUACAGAGUUAUGUACAGGUUUAUGAGGGCAUCUGUGAUAAAUCAUGGCUGCGGCACACUACAACCACAUGUAGUACAUCAAAGAAACUAAACGACUUCCUGCAAAGUAUACCAUAGCACAAUAGUGUUAAAAAGUAUAAUGAUGUAUAGUACACAACAGCUAAAGUGAAUCCUUAGUAAAUAGACAGACACUAAAACCCCAUGCCUCUGUCAGUCUUAUUGAGUUAGAUUGCUGGGGGAGAGCGUCCUCUAUUCUCAGCACUAAUAUCCAAAUGUCUUCUGGCAGAGAGGGAGAGGGCUUGAAAUUAAAUUGCGGGCUGUAAAACUGCUAGCUUUAAUGUUGAUUUUCAUAUGCAGCCACGAGGAGAGAGGUAUUUAAAAGGCAGUGAUCAUACCGUUUGAAUGGUGUCUGGAAUGCUUAACCGUUUAUCACAGCCUAAUGCUCUGGUGCUCAGUCUCUCAGCCUGGUCUCAUAGACUAGAAGUAACAUAGUAAAUGUAAAUCUGGGACACUCAAUUUAGUAUGAUAUAUAAUGUUUGGUAUGGUUACAUAAGACAGAAGGUUACUUAAGGCAAAACGUCUAGCAACCCAAAGGUUGCGUGUUCAAAUCUCAUCACGGACAACUUUAGCAUUUUAGCAACUUUGCAACUACUUACUACUUUUUAGCUACUUUGCAACUACUUAGCAUGUUAGCUAACCCUUCCCCUAACCCUAACCCUAACAUGGGGCUGUUACGGUGACCGUAUUACCGCCACACCGGCGGGCACGAGUCAUGACCGCAGUCAAAUUCCAUGUGACAGUUUAGUCACGGUAACUAAGCUUCUCCAAGCUCUGAUGCUGCUGAUGGUCAUUAGUAGCCUACCAAACUUGCUAACUGCCUGGUACUCAGCACUCUAUUGUCCCUCUAAUCACUCUGACAUCAAUGCAAAUGUAAUCGAAAAUCUAAUCAAACACUUCAUGAGAGAUCAUGAGCUGAUGUUGCACAACAUUUCUAUAGGCUAUGGAAUUGCGUUAGAAAACAGAGUUUUGAUGGUCUCUAUUAAAAAGAGGAGGAUCCCAGCUUUCUAUAGGCUAGGCCUACUAUAUUUAUUUCUCAACUUUUGAUGGGUGACACUAUUAGCCUAUCACUUGUGAAUGACAUAUUAUCACUUAACAGUAAGGCAAGAAACAGUCCUUCACCUAGGACUUGACAUUGGUUAAUCAAAUCUCAAAUUGUUGCCAAUUUUUGCUCAAUCUUGCAUGCUUUGUCAAACAGCUGUAACUGUAUAAGCGUUCAUAAAUAAGGUCAUUUCUUGAGUUGGGCUUUGGGAUGUAACAACCGAACAUCUGAGCUUAUGGUUGAUUGUGGGGGAAAGGGGUUGAGUGUGUAAGAGUGUGUGUGUAUGUAUCCAACAUCUGUUGCAAGGCGGUAAGGAUGAUAGGGACAAUAUAGGAUGAAUCACAAUAAUUGUUUGCUAAAAUAAUAUGGCAAUACUGGUUAUAGGUAACAAUCCUUUGCAUGAAAUGCCAACAUUAUUAAGCAUAUUAAUUGUUAAUGAUGGAAAUUAAGAUAUGUAAGAUAUUUGAAUAUACACUACCAGUCAAAAAAUUUGGACACACCUACUCAUUCAAGGGUUUUUCUUUAUUUUUUCUAUUUUUUACAUUGUAUAAUAAUAGUGAAGACAUCAAAACUAUGAAAUAACACAUAUGGAAUCAUGUAGUAACCAAAAAAGUGUUAAAGAAAUCAAUAUACAGGGAGGAAUAAAAGUAUUUAGUCAGCCACCAAUUGUGCAAGUUCUCCCACUUAAAAGAUGAGAGAGGCCUGUAAUUUUCAUCAUAGGUACACAUCAACUAUGACAGACAAAAUGAGAUUUUUUUUCUCCAGAAAAUCACAUUGUAGGAUUUUUUAUGAAUUUAUUUGCAAAUUAUGGUGGAAAAUAAGUAUUUGGUCAAUAACAAAAGUUUCUCAAUACUUUGUUAUAUACCCUUUGUUGGCAAUGACACAGGUCAAACGUUUUCUGUAAGUCUUCACAAGGUUUUCACACACUCUUCCUGGUAUUUUGGCCCAUUCCUCCAUGCAGAUCUCCUCUAGAGCAGUGAUGUUUUGGGGCUGUCGCUGGGCAACACGGACUUUCAACUCCCUCCAAAGAUUUUCUAUGGGGUUGAGAUCUGGAGACUGGCUAGGCCACUCCAGGACCUUGAAAUGCUUCUUACGAAGCCACUCCUUCGUUGCCCGGGCGGUGUGUUUGGGAUCAUUGUCAUGCUGAAAGACCCAGCCACGUUUCAUCUUCAAUGCCCUUGCUGAUGGAAGGAGCUUUUCACUCAAAAUCUCACGAUACAUUCCCCCAUUCAUUAUUUAUAGUUUAUUAUACUUUACACGGAUCAGUCGUCCUGGUCCCUUUGCAGAAAAACAGCCCCAAAGCAUGAUGUUUCCACCCCCAUGCUUCACAGUAGGUAUGGUGUUCUUUGGAUGCAACUCAGCAUUCUUUGUCCUCCAAACACGACGAGUUGAGUUUUUACCAAAAAGUUCUAUUUUGGUUUCAUCGGACCAUAUGACAUUCUCCCAAUCCUCUUCUGGAUCAUCCAAAUGCACUCUAGCAAACUUCAGACGGGCCUGGACAUGUACUGGCUUAAGCAGGGGGACACGUCUGGCACUGCAGGAUUUGAGUCCCUGGCAGCGUAGUGUGUUACUGAUGGUAGGCUUUGAUACUUUGGUCCCAGCUCUCCGCAGGUCAUUCACUAGGUCCCCCCUGUGUGGUUCUGGGAUUUUUGCUCACCGUUCUUGUGAUCAUUUUGACCCCACGGGGUGAGAUCUUGCGUGGAGCCCCAGAUCGAGGGAGAUUAUCAGUGGUCUUGUAUGUCUUCCAUUUCCUAAUAAUUGCUCCCACAGUUGAUUUCUUCAAACCAAGCUGCUUACCUAUUGCAGAUUCAGUCUUCCCAGCCUGGUGCAGGUCUACAAUUUUGUUUCUGGUGUCCUUUGACAGCUCAGCUCUAUACAGAAGAUAGCCUUAUUUGGUAAAAUACCAAGUCCAUAUUAUGUCAAGAACAGCUGAAAUAAGUAAAGAGAAACAACAAUCCAUCAUUACUUUAAGACAUGAAGGUCAGUCAAUACGGAAAACUUCAACAACUUUGAAAGUUUCUUCAAGUGCAGUCGCAAAAAUCAUCAAGCGCUAUGAUGAAACUGGCUCUCAUGAGGACCGCCACAGGAAUGGAAGACCCAGAUGUACCUCUGCUGCAGAGGAUAAGUUCAUUAGAGUUACCAGCCUCAGAAAUUGCAGCCCAAAUAAAUGCUUCACAGAGUUCAAUUAACAGACACUACUCAACAUCAACUGUUCAGAGGGGACUGUGUGAAUCAGUCCUUCAUGGUCGAAUUGCUGCAAAGAAACCACUACUAAAGGACACCAAUAAUAAGAAGAGACUUUUUGGGCCAAGAAACACAAGCAAUGGACAUAAGACCAUCUGGUUUGGGCUUAGUGGGGCUAUCAUUAGUUUUUCAACAGGACAAUGACCCAACACACCUCAAGGCUUUGUAAGGGCUAUUUUACCAAUAAGGUGAGAGAUGGAGUGCUGCAUCAGAUGACCUGGCCUCCACAAUCCCGCGACCUCAAGCCAAUUGAGAUGGUUUGGUUCGUACCAUAGAGUGAAGGAAAAGCAGCCAACAAGUGCUAAGCAUAAGUGGAAACUCCUUCAAGACUGUUCGAAAAGCAUUCCAGGUGAAGCUGGUUGUGAGAAUGCCAAGAGUGUACAAAGCUCUCAUUUACAUUUUAGUCAUUUAGCAGACGCUCUUAUCCAUAGCGACUUACAGUUAGUGAAUGCAUAUUUUUUAUACUGGCCCCCCGUGGGAAUCGAACCCACAACCCUGGCAUUGCAAACGCCAUGCUCUAUCAACUGAGCUACAUCCCUGCCAGCCAUUCCCUCCCCUACCCUGGACGACGCUGGGCCAAUUGUGCGCCGCCGUGGGUGGCACUGUGUACUGUUUUCGAAGGAUGUGUCCUGGCCUCUCGGGGGGCCUAGGGAUCCGGGGGGACGGGGGUGGUCUGCUGGUCACUGGGAUGACAACCCACGUUGGGAUGGGGAGGGGCUUUAGCGUUCGGAAUAGUGGAGAACAAUUGGAGGGUUACUUAGUAGCAAUGCAAAUAUCAUGGUACAGCUACAGUAGUAUAUGGACACUCAAUCACUAUGGUACUUUUUAAUGGUACAUUUACAAACAUAUAUUAUGGUAAAUAGAUUUGAAACGUGUAUCUCAUUAUGGUAAAUGGUGAAAUAAGUAUAGCCAGUUAUAAUUACAUACAUUUUCAUUCCAGUCUCCUCCAUCUCCUCUAACCGUAGCUAAUGUAUGGAUUUUUUAUUUAUUGAUAAUGUAAAAUUAACAGCCGUACAGAAAGACUCAUGUGAAGGUGAAAUUACAGAUGAGGAACUUCUUGAUGCAAUUGAAGCCUUUAAGUCCGGGAAAACUCCAGGGCUGGAUGGCAUACCAGUUGAGGUAUACCAAUUUUUUUGGGAUAUACUCGGAGGACCGUUAUCAGCAUGUUUUAACCACUCCUAUGUAAAUGGUAGAUUUAGACACUCAACAAGAAGGUCUGAUUUUAUUAUUACUGAAACAGGAUACAAGUGGGAAAUAUAAAAGAUCCAGUCCAUUAAAAAAAUUGGAGGCCCCUUACACUUCAGUGUUGUGAUGCAAAGAUUCUUGCAAAAUGUAUAGCGCAUAGAAUUAAAAAGGUAUUGUCUGACAUUAUUCAUCCUAAUCAGACAGGUUUUUUACAUGGACAAUACAUUGGAGAUAAUAUAAGGCAUGUACUGGAAACAAUAGAACACAAUGAAAAAUCUGGGAACCAGGCCUGCUAUUCAUAGCUGACAUUGAAAAGGCUUUUGAUAAAGUACGACUCGAGUUUAUAUAUAAAUUCCUGGAACAUUUCAAUUUUGGAGAAUCUCUUAUAAAAUGGGUUAAAAUCAUGUAUAGUAACCCUAGGUGUAAAAUAGUAAAUAAUGGCUAUUUCUCUGAAAGUUUUAAACUGUCAAGAGGAGUAAAACAAUGUUGUCCACUAUCGGCAUAUCUAUUUAUUAUGGCCAUCAAUAUGUUAGCUAUUAAAAUCAGAUCCAACAAUAAUAUCAAGGGAUUAGAAAUCCAGGGCAUAAAAACAAGGGUGUCAUUGUAAGCUGAUGAUUCAUGUUUUCUCUUAAAUCCUCAACUUGGAUCCCUCCACAGCCUCAUAGAGGAUCUAGAUAAAUGUUCUAACCUCUCUGAAUUACAACCAAAUUAUGAUAAGUGUACUAUAAUACGUAUGUAUUGGAUCACAAAAAAAUACAACUUUUACAUUACCGUGUAGUUUACCAAUAAAAUGGUCUGAUGGUGAUGUGGAUAUACUCGGUAUACAUAUCCCAAAAUGAAUAAAUGAUCUCACUCCAAUACAUUUUAAUAGAAAGUUAGCAAAAAUAGAUCAGAUCUUGCUACCAUGGAAAGGUAAAUACCUGUCUAUUUGUCGAAAAAUCACCCUGAUUAACUCUUUAGUAAUAUCCCAGUUUACCUAUUUGCUUAUGGUCUUGCCUACACCUAGCGAACAGUUUUUUAAAUUAUAUGAGAAAAAAAUAUUCCAUUUGAUUUGGAAUGGCAAGCCAGACAAAAUUAAACAGGCCUAUUUAUAUAAUGAAUAUGAAUUCAGAGGGCAGAAAUGAUUAAACAUUAAAGAAUUAGACCUCUCACUGAAGGCUUCAGUCAUACAAAAGUUAUACUUAAAUCCGAACUGGCUCUCUAGCAAAUUAGUAAGAAUGUCUCACCCUAUGUUCAAGAAUGGCCUUUUCCCCUUUAUUCAGAUUACAACCUCUCACUUUCAGUUAUUUGAAAAGGAAAUAAUCUCCCAAAUAUCACUAUUUAUAAAACAAGCCAUAGAAAGUUGGUUGCGAUUUCAAUUUCAUCUACCAGAAACGACAGAACAAAUAAUACAACAAAUAUUGUGGUUAAACUCAAAUGUACUAAUUGAUUUAAAAAAACAUACUUUUUUGAAUAAAGAAAAAAAAAAGUGUAAUUUUCGAAAAUGAUAUCAUAGGUAGGACUGGUGGAGUUAUGUCGCACAUGCAGCUAACAAAAACAUUUGAAAAUGUCUGCUCUAACCAAAAUUACAACCAACAGAAUCAUUAGAUCAUUUGUUUUGGUACUGUCCAUAUGUAGCUUGUUUUUGGUCACAGGUCCAGGAAUGGCUGAAGAAUUGCAAUAUUUACCUGGAGAUAACCCUGCAGAUAGCACUACUGGGUGAUCUGAAAAGUCAUAGUCAAUCAAUCAAUAAUAUAAUAAUACUUUUAGCAAAAAUGUUUAUUUUCAAUUUACAAUCUGUAGAAACAAUGAGAAUAGAAAGGUUCAGAACUUUUGUGAAACAUCACAGCACAGUUGAAAUAUACAGUGGGGAGAACAAGUAUUUGAUACACUGCCGAUUUUGCAGGUUUUCCUACUUACAAAGCAUGUAGAGGUCUGUCAUUUUUAUCAUAGGUACACUUCAACUGUGAGAGACGGAAUCGAAAAUCCAGAAAAUCACAUUAUAUGAUUUUUAAGUAAUUAAUUUGCAUUUUAUUGCAUGACAUAAGUAUUUGAUCACCUACCAACCAGUAAGAAUUCCGGCUCUCACAGACCUGUUAGUUUUUCUUUAAGAAGCCCUCCUGUUCUCCAAUCAUUACCUGUAUUAACUGCACCUGUUUGCACUCGUUACCUGUAUAAAAGACACCUGUCCACACACUCAAUCAAACAGACUCCAACCUCUCCACAAUGGCCAAGACCAGAGAGAUGUGUAAGGACAUCAGGGAUACAAUUGUAGACCUGCACAAGGCUGGGAUGGGCAACAGGACAAUAGGCAAGCAGCUUGGUGAGAAGGCAACAACUGUUGGUGCAAUUAUUAGAAAAUGGAAGACGUUCAAGAUGACGGUCAAUCACCCUCGGUCUGGGGCUCCAUGCAAGAUCUCACCUCGUGGGGCAUCAAUGAUCAUGAGGAAGGUGAGGGAUCAGCCCAGAACUACACGGCAGGACCUGGUCAAUGACCUGAAGAGAGCUGGGACUACAGUCUCAAAGAAAACCAUUAGUAACACACUACGCCGUCAUGGAAUGAAAUCCUGCAGCGCAUGCAAGGUCUCCCUGCUCAAGCCAGCGCAAGUCCAGGCCCGUCUGAAGUUUGCCAAUGACCAUCUGGAUGAUCCAGAGGAGGAAUGGGAGAAGGUCAUGUGGUCUGAUGAGACAAAAAUAGAGCUUUUUGGUCUAAACUCCACUCGCCGUGUUUGGAGGAAGAAGAAGGAUGAGUACAACCCCAAGAACACCAUCCCAACCAUGAAGAAUGGAGGUGGAAACAUCAUUCUUUGGGGAUGCUUUUCUGCAAAGGGGACAGGACGACUGCACCGUAUUGAGGGGAGGAUGGAUGGGGCCAUGUAUCGCGAGAUCUUGGCCAACAACCUCCUUCCCUCAGUAAAAGCAUUAAAGAUGGGUCGUGGCUGGGUCUUCCAGCAUGACAACGAUCCGAAACACACAGCCAGGGCAACUAAGGAGUGGCUCCGUAAGAAGCAUCUCAACGUCCUGGAGUGGCCUAGCCAGUCUCCAGACCUGAACCCAAUAGAACAUCUUUGGAGGGAGCUGAAAGUCCGUAUUGCCCAGCGACAGCCCCGAAACCUGAAGGAUCUGGAGAAGGUCUGUAUGGAGGAGUGGGCCAAAAUCCCUGCAGCAGUGUGUGCAAACCUGGUCAAGACCUACAGGAAACAUAUGAUCUCUGUAAUUGCAAACAAAGGUUUCUGUACCAAAUAUUAAGUUCUGCUUUUGUGAUGUAUCAAAUACUUAUGUCAUGCAAUAAAAUGCAAAUGAAUUACUUAAAAAUCAUACAAUGUGAUUUUCUGGAUUUUUUAGAUUCCGUCUCUCACAGUUGAAGUGUACCUAUAAUAAACAUUCCAGACCUCUACAUGCUUUGUAAGUAGGAAAACCUGCAAAAUCGGCAGUGUAUCAAAUACUUGUUCUCCCCACUGUAUCUGGCAAAUAGAAAUCCAAUAUGGAUGGUGUUAAGAGAUAGAUGGGAGGGGUUGAAUGGAGCUGAAUGUUGGGACUAAUAACAACUAAUAACAACAAGAUAACUAAUAUAAACAUACUGUGUCCGUAAAACGUAUAUAGGUUAUAGGUUAAGAACUGUUGUGAAAGAGCACAGUUUGAAAGAUAUGGCAAAUAGAAAUCAAACCAGAUGGACAUCAGAAAUAGAUGGGAGAGGUUGAGGGUAGAAGAAGGACAGGAGUAAAAACAAACAAAAUAGAACAUGUGUACAUAAAAUGUAUAUAGAAUGUUUAAGCUGGAAGUAGAGACCUAAGCAUUGUUGUUCACUAGUUUACUCCAAUUACGGGAGGGGUGGUAGGGUUUGAAAGUAAUAAAGGAAGAAAAAAAAAUACAUUUGAAACAGUGCAUGCCUUUGUUUUGCGACUUUUUCAAAUCAUAGUCGCACACCUCAUGUAGCCUAGCCCAUAGGCUUAUAUGUUUUGAUAACUAAAGUGGCCAAAAUUACCUCUUAAAAUUAAGCACAUUAAUCCUUUACAACUGGUAUAGAGCCUAACUGGCAUACAUAGGCGGUGCGUGAGUUUCAAGUUUGGGGAAGAUCAUUUUCACCAUAAAAAUGCACCUUUAUAAUAAUUUUACAUUUUAGUAAUUUAGCAGACGCUCUUAUCCAGAGCGACUUACAGUUAGUGAGUGCAUACAUUUUCAUACUGGCCCCCCUGGCUCCCCGUGGGAAUCGAACCCACAACCCUGGCGUUGCAAGCACCAUGCUCUACCAACUGAGCUACACGGGGCCAUUACAUGCAUAAUCGCAUUUGCGGUCACUUUUGAGAAUGGUGUUUUCCCGCUAAUUGAUUGCAUUUUGGAACAUUCACACUUAUAGCCUACUGCCGUGUGCGCAUUGCUGCGCUUAUAACAUGAAGAAAUAGCCCAAUAGUUUAUCAACAUUUUAAACUAAACGUUCUGAUCUGUUGCAUAAGCCUCAUUGUUUUUCAAAGUUUUUUGAUGCGAUUGGUUGUAUUAAUUCCCACAACUGUCCCAUAUUUUGUUACAUUUAUUUAUCGCACAGAAGCACAAGUUGACCAAUAGAAUAGGUCAACUUUUGUACUAUGGAGGAGAGUAGAUUGACAUAGAAUGGUGCUUUUUCUGUUCGAUAGGCCUACUAAUCUUGUUGGCUGACGAAAAGUAAAUGUGGACAGUUCUUCUAACAUCUUCAAUAUGCACCUCGGAAUUCGAUAAGAAGGUUGCGUCCCCGAUGUGUCUGUCUUCACUUGUAGCCUACUUCAGAGCUGAGAUGCCUGUGAGAAGGACCCAAUCUCGUGAUGGGCAUUGGUAAAUAAGAAUUGAGAUAUUUGAGAGAGCCAUGUGAGUGAGAGGUGCUUUGGACCCUAACCUUAACCCUUUUAGCUAACCCUUCUGCUAACCCUAACCUUAACGCUUUAAUCUAACUCCUAAACAUAACCUUAACCUUAACCCUAACCCCUAACCUAGCUAACGUUAGCCAGCUAGCUAACAUUACCAUUAGCCACUUAGCCACCUAGCUAACAUUAGCCACAACAAAUUAGAAUUCAUAACAUAUCAAACGUUUGGCAAUUUCGUAACAUAUUGUACAUUGUCAAAUUCGUAACAUAUUGUACAUUUUGCCAAUUUGUAAAUUAUGAUACAAAUUGUAAUUCGUAACAUCCCCAAAUUAAUACAUACUAUACGAAAUGUAACAUAUCAUAGUAAAUAGAGCAUCUCAGACUUACGUACAGAAUAAUAUGAAAUUCUUUGAGACCAGUUUGAGUGUCUGCACACUCAGUCCCCACAGUGGUUGUCUCAGGAGCAGCAGGCUAUACUGUGCCUUUUAGUCCUGUGUCUGGGGGAGCAGUAAUGGAGGAGGUACACUCUUCGACUGUCCCCAUAGGAUAACCCUUUUUAUUCCAGGUAGAACACUUUUUAGUUCCAGGUAGAACUCUUUUGGGUUCCACAUAGAACCCUCUGUGUAAAGGGUUCUACAUGGAACUCAAAAGGGUUCUACCUGGAACAAAAAAUUGUUAUUCAAAGGGUUCUCCUAUGGGGACAGCCGAAUAACCCUUUCAGGUUCUAGAUAGCACCUUUUUUUCUAAGAGUGUAGUGACUGGUUUAAAGCAGGAGAGCAGAAGUGUGAGCUGAACUGAGAGAUUUGUUUGAAAUGUUUCCACCUGCGUGUUGACACAACCUAACAGCUCAUUUCCACUCCGACUGUUCCCCCAAAUCAUAUUAAUGAGUAAAGGAUUGAGUCAGACAUACUAAACAGGGAUCCCCCACGGGGUCCUUGUCUUUGCUCUCUGUUUUUAAUGCUGGCUGUCACCCUCUGGCUGUCACGCUCUGCAGACAUUGAGUCUAUUUAACAGCUUUGUUAUGCUCGAAAUACAGACUACUGUUGUAAUUUAUAGUAACAGCAAUCAGAUGCAACAAUCAAAGAUGCCACACAUUAUUGGUAUUAACACAACUACAGUAGAUCUCUAGUUAGGCAAGAGGCAGGAGUUUCGACUAAAUAUCUAAUAUGUCUAGGCUUUACCUUAGACCACCUCUGUCUGUCACUAUUGCUUUAUUGUUGGUCCAGUGUUGUUGAAAGUAUAUUUUUGCUGUCAAGGUGUUUUUUCAACAGACUCCAGGUUUUGGUGUUAUCUGUACUGGACCUCAGGAACAUAAUCUCAGAGAGGCUGCUGCACCAGUGAGGCAGAGCAGAGUGGGCCUGCGCUCCGACAGGCAGAGGCCUGUUUUAUAGCUCCCAUUACGGACAUGGUUAGCUCAAUCCAUCAUCCACGCCAACUAAUGAUUGCUACCAUACAUCCUAUGUAGCACAAUUCUUUUAAGGACAGGGAAAUUGAAUCCCAUUCAUCUUGCUGCGCUGGACUAACAGUGCUUUGACAACUGGUACAGAGGCAAUUCUUCUCCCCACUAUAACAUUAAAGGACCGGCUCUGAAAUGGAACUGGGCCUCGUUUCCCAGUUGAGAUGUAACUUAAGCAUCACGAUGAUCGUACCAGAUGCAUCGUUUUUUACGAGCCAACUUUUUAAGAGUGUUUCCCAAACAAGCAAGUAGAGAGAACGUUCACUAAAUGCGUCGUUAGACCAUGUGUCGAUACUGAUAGGAUCAAAAGAAAAGCACCGCUGCUCUCGGAUCAGCUUUCUCCAUUCAUAUCUUACCUUAACAUUAGAAUUAUUACCACCUAUUGCUGCAAAUUGUCUAUUGAGGCGGCUUGUUAUACUUACCCAAUAAUAAUGUAGUAAAUCACAGAUUGGGCACAUCAUUGCACACAUGUUGUCACACAUCAUGAAACACAUUGAGGCACAAAUUACAGACAGUAGCCUAGUCUCAAAGUAGAACUCAAUUGAUUGAACAUGGAAUUGAUUUAAAUAUAAAUAGGCCCAUGUAGACUAUGUAUCGUUUAAUGCAGUCAUUUCGGUUUUCAUUUGAAGCAUAAUUUUAUCCUUUACUUGUUUGUAAGAAUUGCAAAAACUUUAGCAACUUUGUAUUUGUAGCAGUGGUGUAAAGUUAAAUAAAAAUUACUUUACAAAUUACUUUAAAGAUAUACUUAAAGGAAAUCGCCACCCAAAGACUAUAUUUCGGUAUUUGUUUCAUUACUCCAUUGUUGAUAUAGUCCCAAAAGGUUUUGCUUGUCAGCAAUCACGUUUUCAAGAUAUGUGACUUUCAAAAUACAGAAAUCAUCCCUAUAUGAUGCAUUUGCAUCAUAUAAUGCAAAAUGCCUCAUACAGUGAUGAUUUCUGUAUUUUGAACGUUUUCCUUCAAGUCGUUUUUUGGGUUAUCUGUACAUUACUAUUUAUAUUUUUUACAACUUUUACUUCACUACAUUCCUAAAUAGAAUAGUGUACUUUUUACUCCAUACAUUUUCCCUGACACCCAAAAGUACUCAUUACAUUUUGAAUGCAUAGCAGGACAGGAAAAUUUGUCCAAUUCACACACUUAUCAAGAGAACAUCCCUGAUCAUCCCUACUGCCUCAGAUCUGGCGGACUCACUAAACACACAUGCUUCAUUUGUAAAUUAAAUUAUAUCUGAGUGUUGGAGUGUGCCCCUGGCUAUCUGUAAAUGUUUUUUUAAAUGGUGCUAUCUGGUUUGCGUAAUAUAAGGAAUUUGAAAUCAUUUAUAUGUUCACUUUUGAAACGUAAGUAUAUUUUAGCAAUUACAUUUACUUUUGAUACUUAAGUAUAUUUAAAACCAAAUACUUUUAGACUUUUACGCAAGUAGUAUUUUAAUGGGCUACUUCCAUCUUCCUUUAGUAAUUUUCUAUUAAGGUAUUUUUACUUUAACUCAAGUUUGACAAUUGGGUACUUUCUCCACCACUGAUUUGUAGUCAACUUUAUUCUGAAGUUAUCUGGGAAACAAGGUCCUGAUUUGCAACUCUACUUCUACCCUCUACACCAAACCUACAUUUCCCUGCCACAGCUGUGUGUGUAGACGUGCACUUAAAAAAGAAGUAGCAGCACACUGAAACUCUUUAGUCAUUGCAAACAUGUCACAAUCUAUUUGCAAAUGUGCUUUUAAACUGCAAUUAAUUGUAGCAGCUGGAGUGGAGUAUUUAUAACCCAAGUAGUAUACUAAUGAAAACAGCUCUGCUUGACCCAAUUAUACCAUCUUUUUCAUACACAACAUUUACUCUGUGUGUGUGUGUGUGUGUGUGUGUGUGUGCUUUGUCCAAUCAAAUCAAAGUUUAUUUGUCACGUGCACAGGAUACAGCAGGUGGAAACAGUAAGGUGAAAUGCUGACUUGCAAGCUCUUAGCCAACAAUGCAGUAUUCAAUAUCAAAGGUAAGAAAAUAAGAUAAAAUACAAUCCCGACAAAUAAAAACAGACGAGAAUGAACGCUAUAUCCAGGGUCAGUACCAGUACCUUAUCAAUGUGCAGGGAUACUGGUGGUAGUUGAGGUAGAUAUGUACAAGUAAGCAGGUGUAAAAGUGACUGUCAGCAGGAUAAAUAAUGAUGAUAAUACCGGGGGGGGAGGUUAUUGCUUUGGUGGAACUUUCACAAGUAUGUGCUACAUUUUCACAACUCUUAGUACAAAACUCAAAACAGAUAAUCAAAAAGGCAGUUGUUUCAAAACCCUAAGAACAUUUUCAAUUGACUAAGUAUAACACACAAAAUCAUACAGUUACUUUUUCACCAAACUUUUCGUAUAAAGUAAGUGCCUUUCACAAUGCAAUGCUCACAUUACUUUAGAUAUGAUUCUCUUCUCUUUUGUUAAAAUACUUAAUCCGACUGUUCUUAAUUGAUGAUCACUUAAACGUUUGGUAAACCUAUAGAUUUGACAUAUACAGUGCCAGUCAAAAGUUUGGAUACACCUACUCAUUCAAGGGUUUUUCUUUAUUUUUACUAUUUUCUACAUUGUAGAAUAAUAGUGAAGACAUCAAAACUAUGAAAUAACACACACGGAAUCAUGUAGUAACCAAAAAAGUGUUAAACAAACCAAAAUAUAUUUUAUACUGUAUUUGAGAUUCUUCAAAUAGCCACCUUUUGCCUUGAUGACAGCUUUGCACACUCUUGGCAUUCUCUCAACCAGCUUCACAUGGAAUGCUUUUCCAACAGUCUUGAAGGAGUUCCCACAUAUGCUGAGCACUUGUUGGCUGCUUUUCCUUCACUCUGUGGUCCAACUCAUCCCAAACCAUCUCAAUUGGGUUGAAGUCGGGUGAUUGUGGAGGCCAGGUCAUCUGAUGCAGCACUCCAUCACUCUACUUCUUGGUCAAAUAGCCCUUACACAGCCUGGAGGUGUGUUGGAUCAUUGUCCUGUUGAAAAACAAAUGAUAGUCCCACUAAGCGCAAACCAGAUGGGAUGGCGUAUCGCUGCAGAAUCCUGUGGUAGCCAUGCUGGUUAAGUGUGCCUUCAAUUCUAAAUAAAUCACUGACAGUGUCACCAGCUAAGCACCCCCACACCAUCUCCUCCAUGCUUCAUGAAAUCAUAUCAAACCAGUCAUCACUGAUUAAAUCUUAAUUCUCUCUCUCUCUCUCUCUCUCUCUCUCUCUCUCUCUCUCUCUCUCUCUCUCUCUCUCUCUCUCUCUCUCUCUCUCUCUCUCUCUCUCUCUCUCUCUCUCUCUCUCUCUCUCCAUCUAGCCUUCGUGCUAAGCUGUGCCUUCCCUAAGGAGCCAGCCAAUGGGGAGGUAUCAGUGACUCACCUCCAUGCUGGGGGAGAGGCCUACUUCCAGUGUCUGACCGGUUACCAGAUGCAAGGCCCUACCAUGCUCACCUGUCGCAACGCCACUACACCUUACUGGAGUGGCAAGGAGCCCAAAUGCCAGGGUAAGAGCCAACAAUACUGCUUCCUUCCUGCCAAACGCACACACACACACACACACACAGAAAUACACACUUUAGCUCUUCAACCCCAGGAUCCAUCCAGCCACUCACUGAGAACCAAUGGGGAUAUGUGACUAGUUUCAGGAAACUAGGUGUAUCUCGCGCGUCACUACUUCACAGGAGAGCCAUUUGAAUUUAUUAUUUUUUUUUUUAUCAAAAUGCGUUUUUGGGCAGAAAUGCCUUCUGGAAAAUGUGAACUUUCAUGUGCCUUAAUAACAAACUUGUAUGCGAUCUGUAAAUACGAAUAAAAUUGUUAGAUUACGAGCCUAGUUGGUUUAGCCUUGGAAAAAGACAGCAACCUUCCCGCUAGCCAUGAUUGGCUGAGAUAAUGAGUGAGCUGGACAUGCCGAGAGAUGAGUUCGGAUUGGUCUGCCAUGUAGCAAGCUUCUGUCUAUUUGAGCUGGUCAGUAUGUGAACGUAAUCCUGUCUAACGCGACUUUAAAAUAUAUAUAUAUAGUGUUGCUCUCCACUUUCUGGAGGACCGAGUUUUGUGUCUGGAAGUAGCUAGCAAGCUAGCCAACGUUAGCCAGUUAGCUUGGGUGCUUGACUGCUGUUGUUAGGACAAAACGCUAUGAUCAAUCCUUAAAGAGAUGGGUGGGACUAAAGCUUAAGAGGGUGUGAAAGAUACUGAAUGGGUGUAGACAAAGAAGAGCUCUCCAAUAGGUGUACCAAAACAUUCAAAGGCCAUUUUCUCAAAAGUGAGGUUACAAAUAUCAACUUUCAAAGCAGAAUUACUUUCCCAUUGUUCCUCAACUGUAGUGUAUGAUAUACCAUUUUCUAGCUCUGAGUCUUUACCUUUAUCCAAUGUAAACUCAAUUUUUUUUUUUUUUUUACAUAAGUCCGAAUCGAGCCGGUCGGUCACAUAUAUAGUAUCCCCUCAGAGAACGCCACAGAGUCUGACAACUGAGGAGAAUAACAUUUCAGCUGAAUGAUUAAAGUAAUUAAACUCAGUUUAAAUGGACUGGGUGUUAUUUGUCUCCCACUGACCAGAGGUUAAUUGAGGUUUAUUGUGUGCUUUUUAUGGUAGGCCUAUCCAGCCUGCUCUCAUAGACUAGAUGUAACAUAGUAAAUUUAAAUCAUAAUGAUCACAGACAACUUUAGCAUUUUAGCUAAUUAGUAACUUUGCAACUACUUACUACUUCUUAGCUACUUUGCAACUACUUAACAUGUUAGGUAACUCUUCCCCUAACCCUAACCGUAACCCUUUUAGCUAACCCUUCCCCUAACCCUAACCUUAACCCUUUAAACUAAACCCUAACCUUAACCCUAACCCUUAACCCCUAGCCUAGCUAACGUUAGCCGGCUAGCUAACGUUAGCGUUAGCCCCUAGCCAACGUUAGCAACAACAAAUUGGAAUUUGUAACGUAUGUGUUUUUGCUAAUUUUUUUACAAAUUGUUCGUUUUGCAAAUUCAUAACAUAUUGUACGAAUUGCAAUUCGUAACAUAUUGUAUGAAUUGCAAAUAGUAACAGAUCAUAUGAAAUGGAUGAUGGACAUCCACAAAUUAAUACACACCAUACGAAAUGUAACAUAUCAUACUAAAUGGAGUAUCUGCUUUAAGUACAGAAUAAUACGAAAUGUUCUGAGAACAGGUUGGCCUAUCAGGUAUCUGGUUUACCACUGUGCAACUUGAAUUCUCUCACUGUAACACCCAUUCCGUUUUCCAGACUUUUUUUUAUAGAAAUCCAGGAUUAGGAGCAAUAGUGUCGUGUUAUGGCAGUGGUACUUGAGCAACUAACACGUUUUUUCAUAAAGAGUGUUUAUGUAAUUCGAUCUCUAAACAUAUUUGUCAUAAGUCGUCAUUAGAAAAAAUGUGUAUGAGACUUUAUGGUCGCACACCGAUUCAUUUGGUUUUGCGUCAAAAUUACUCUGUUCCAUUCAUGGAUUUGUUCAUUAAAACCUCUUCGAUAUAACGUCCCCUGUUUAGGGGACCUGCGUGGUUCUGGUACCGAUUCCAAUUGCCAUUUUUGCUUCUAAAGCGAUCUGUUGACACCAUAGAUUGAAAUGGUCUGCAUUGAGCGGUAGCCCUGAUUCUCAUAGACACAGUAUGCCUCUCCUGACCGUGUGAAGCAGGAUGUGAAAUCUGUGAAACCCCGCUCAGGCGGUUCUUUUACACCUGCUACGUUUGGUUAUUCCAAGCAGAGACAUCUCACUGGCACAUUUUUUCUGGUCUGGUGGGUAGGGCAAGCGGGGAGGGGACAAUGAGUAGACCAGAGCUAUCUGUUAUUGUGCAGUUUCCCACUUUAAAAAAUCCUGCCGUAUAAGUGGGUGUUCCCUUUCUCACGUGAGCAUGGUAAACUGAAUGAGUAAGACCUCAUCAUUUAUCCACUUUGUAUCCAAGGAUCCAGCCUAAAAUAAGGAUUUCCUGAUGUGGCCAGACAUGGAAAGGUUUGGCAAUACUUUCGUCUUUCUCCUCGCUCCUACCUGGGCUUGAACCAGGAACCCUCUGCAACGGCCGUGGCUUUUGUGGAGCAAUAAUAAUAAUAAUAAUAAUAUGCCAUUUAGCAGACGCUUUUAUCCAAAGCGACUUACAGUCAUGCGUGCAUACAUUUUUGUGUAUGGGUGGUCCUCUGUAGCUCAGCUGGUAGAGCACGGCACUUGUAACGCCAAGGUAGUGGGUUCGAUCCCCGGGACCACCCAUACACAAAAAUGUAUGCACGCAUGACUGUAAGUCGCUUUGGAUAAAAGCGUCUGCUAAAUGGCAUAUUAUUAUUAUUAUUGCUCCACAAAAGCCACGGCCGUUGCAGAGCAAGGGAAACAACUACUUCAAGGUCACAGAGUGAGUGACGUCACCGGUUGAAACGCUACUAGCACGCACCGCUAACUAGCCAGCAAUUUCACACUGGUUACACUUGCAGCUGUAUAGCCAAAUUGCUAUAAUACAUUGAGGCCUGGGUUAAGUCGGCAGUGCUCUGACUUAUGUUGCUCUUCGGCCUGUUUAUUAUUUUGUAAAUAUUGUAGGUAGGCCUACUUGACGACUAUUUAUAUCCACUGUGAAAAUAAUAGCCCUCACUGUGACUGCCAACCUCACAUUGUGUAAAGCCCAUGCCUCCCUGUAUACCAGUGAUAGAUGGUACUUCGGCCUUAGUUGACCUUUUACACCAUGUCAGUCUAGCAUCCUCAUUAAGGCCCAAGGUUGAUUGGUUGUGCUGUGAGGCCUGGUUUCGUAGUGUCUGAUUACCAGUAUGGGGAGAAGGAGCAGUGCUACGGAGACGAGACAGGGCUAAACCAGCCCAUUUGGACCUGGCUAGUGGCUAACGCUAUAGUAAUUAGGAGUGGGCUGCAUGACUAACAUUCACCUGCUCUGGGAUAGCACCAUCUCUUCUGCCAGCCCCACUCUCACUCCCUACAGCAGUUCUGCACUGAUACUAUUCUGCUGCUAUGCUCUCCUCACUAGUCCAUCAUCACACACAGACACACAGUCAGGCACCAGUUCCUGGUGAGAUGGCUAUUCGCCAGACCACCACACAGCUCCCAGACUCCCAAUCAUUCUCCCUCGCUUUCAGUACAGGAAUGGAAACUUUCUUCCUCCAAACCUCAGGUUCUAUGUACUGUGGUAUUACUCAGCAAAGAGAGAGCAGAAAACAAACAUUGUUAUAGAAAGUAAGCCUUUCUACAAAGGGAUAUUGAAGUUAUUUGUGUCCUAUCCUUCCCUUCCUCUCUGUCCGUCUUCUCUCUCUUAUCAAAUCCAUCCUCAAUGCAGCUUCCUGUGGUGGUAUGAUAAAAAAUGCCACGUUGGGCCGUAUCGUCUCUCCUGGAUUCCCUGGCAACUACAGCAACAACUUGACGUGCCAUUGGGUACUGGAGGCUCCUGAAGGCCACCGGCUUCAUGUUCACUUUGAGAAAGUGGCUUUGGCUGAGGAUGAUGACAGGUAGAGUACACAGAAAGCUGGAUGGAAGCAUUGUGUGUGUGUGUGUGUGUGUGUGUGUGUGUGUGUGUGUGUGUGUGUGUGUGUGUGUGUGUGUGUGUGUGUGUGUGUGUGUGUGUGUGUGUGUGUGUGUGGGUAGGGGGGUGUUGGUGCGUGCUCAAGUGGUAGGACUUGGAGGCGUCUCUUUUAUUUGUUGCUAAUUAGUUGCCAGUUGGGCUAGAUAUGGCAUGUUUUACCUCAGGCUGUCAGAAUGCGAUGCAACACUGGGCAACAACACCUAGCCUAAUUGUAUGCCUUAAAAUCGCUCAAGGAUAUGCUUGCUAAGGCAACUAAAUCCCAUAUGUGAGUGACUAUGAGUCAAACUUUAACGGAUUGGAGGAUGAAAUUGAAACGGCUUUAUGUAAUUUCAAAUAAUUAACUGUAUUUCCUCAUGCAAAUUAAUUGAGGGACUAUAGAGGCCACUCAGACGCGGGGAGCCGGUAUUUAAUUACAUUUUUGUACCAUAACUACUGUCUCAAGGCUAUGGUAACAAACUGACAUUUAAUGAAGCCGCUUGCUGCCGAGUUGUGUAGAAUCUUAUCACAGGGAUAUUACAGCCACUGAUGAAACAAUAAGCGCCACUUCAGAACCCCUCACCACUCCCUUUUUAUGUUUCUCUUAGUCCUCAAUGGCAAGUGUGUCUCAUUCCCCUUUCCCCCAUUUUAUUAUGCAUGGUUUUUGAUUGUGUUUCAGACUCCUUAUAAAGAAUGGGAACAACAUUGACUCCCCUCCGGUGUAUGACUCCUACGAGGUGGAGUACCUGCCCAAUGAGGGCGUGGUGAGCACAGGCCGUCACCUCUUUGUGGAGUUCACCACAGAUGGAACGGUCACCUCUACGGGAGCAGCCAUCAGAUAUGAAGGUUCUUCAAAGAAUCAACAGAAUACUAGCAUUUAUUCAACCUAUGCUAAGUAAUGUCAAAUUGAGGUUUGAUGGUGACUUAUUGUAACAAAAAAUCCAUGUGUGAUUUGUGUCCUGCAGCUUUUGCAAAGGGCACAUGCUAUGGGCCCUUUGUGAAGUAUGGCAACUUCACCAGCAGUGACACGGCCUACAGUGUGGGUGCGGUGGUUGAGUUUGCCUGUGACCCUGGCUACACUCUGGAGCAGGGCUCAGUCAUCAUUGAGUGUCUGGACGCAGAGAACCCCCAGUGGAAUGAGACAGAGCCAGCCUGCAGGGGUGAGUCCUCAUCCAAUUACAAAGCCAGGCCACAUAAUUUCAUCUGCUCAUGUUUGGCAAAUUCUCUAUCAGCAUCUGAGUACAAUCUAGGAACCCCAGCCACAAUAAACCCAGCUACCCCAGGAUCUGAUCCUCAAUUACUUUUCAAUAUGUAAUGAAUUCUAGCUCAUGUGUUUCCAGGGCAGGUUUUAGUAGUGCUACAGACUAAAGGCCCCUGUGCAGGCUAGGCUAUGCACUGAGCCAUAUGGCCAGUGGCCAUCAAAGGCCAGGUUCUCUCUCUCUCUCUCUCUCUCUCUCUCUCUCUCCGCACUGCCCCACACCACACUGCCCAUGAUCUUAUAGCUCUUCAGCAAAGGUAGACAUUAAAGGAUUCCAUUUCUGCUGAGCUAUGGUGCUGUAUUUUCCAGCGUAAGCCAUUUGUAAUGGUUCUAGACCACCCCUCUUGCUUUUGAGUUGUCAAGGAGCAUGGAAAGUCAUUACGAAUGGUAUUCUGUUCAGCAGUGAUGCUCUUUCAUCGCUGUCUCUUAUUUACCCAUGUGAAUUCACACAGCAUUUGAAAGAUGUCCCACAGUCCCCAGACCAACAGGAAAACCACAGAUUAUUUCAGAUCAUUAGCAGAGCUGGCACUGACAGUUUAGAUUUUCAAUCACUGAUCACUUGUUUUUCCUCUUUGAAGAGGGCUUUACUGUGAGUAGGCCUACAUGCUCAACUGGCUUACCUGGUUAAAUAAAGGUUAAAAAAAAGUUUAGUUUAGUUUGAUGUUGGUGUUUACUUUUAUCUUUGUGUGAACUAUUUUGGAUUAUCACAAGAGUGUUGGCCAUGAAUGUACAGUGGGGAAAAAAAGUAUUUAGUCAGCCACCAAUUGUGCAAGUUCUCCCACUUAAAAAGAUGAGAGAGGCCUGUAAUUUUCAUCAUAGGUACACGUCAACUAUGACAGACAAAAUGAGAAAACAAAAUCAAGAAAAUCACAUUGUAGGAUUUUUAAUGAAUUUAUUUGCAAAUUAUGGUGGAAAAUAAGUAUUUGGUCAAUAACAAAAGUUUCUCAAUACUUUGUUAUAUUAUACCCUUUGUUGGCAAUGACACAGGUCAAACGUUUUCUGUAAGUCUUCACAAGGUUUUCACACACUGUUGCUGGUAUUUUGGCCCAUUCCUCCAUGAAGAUCUCCUCUAGAGCAGUGAUGUUUUGGGGCUGUCGCUGGGCAACACAGACUUUCAACUCCCUCCAAAUAUUUUCUAUGGGGUUGAGAUCUGGAGACUGGCUAGGCCACUCCAGGACCUUGAAAUGCUUCUUACGAAGCCACUCCUUCGUUGCCCGGGCGGUGUGUUUGGGAUCAUUGUCAUGCUGAAAGACCCAGCCACGUUUCAUCUUCAAUGCCCUUGCUGAUGGAAGGAGGUUUUCACUCAAAAUCUCACGAUACAUGGCCCCAUUCAUUCUUUCCUUUACACGGAUCAGUCGUCCUGGUCCCUUUGCAGAAAAACAGCCCCAAAGCAUGAUGUUUCCAUCCCCAUGCUUCACAGUAGGUAUGGUGUUCUUUGGAUGCAACUCAGCAUUCUUUGUCCUCCAAACACGACGAGUUGAGUUUUUACCAAAAAGUUCUAUUUUGGUUUCAUCUGACCAUAUGACAUUCUCCCAAUCCUCUUCUGGAUCAUCCAAAUGCACUCUAGCAAACUUCAGACGGGCCUGGACAUGUACUGGCUUAAGCAGGGGGACACGUCUCGCACUGCAGGAUUUGAGUCCCUGGUGGCGCAGUGUGUUACUGAUGGUAGGCUUUGUUACUUUGGUCCCAGCUCUCUGCAGGUUAUUCACUAGGUCCCCCCGUGUGGUUCUGGGAUUUUUGCUCACCGUUCUUGUGAUCAUUUUGACCCCACGGGGUGAGAUCUUGCGUGGAGCCCCAGAUCGAGGGAGAUUAUCAGUGGUCUUGUAUGUCUUCCAUUUCCUAAUAAUUGCUCCCACAGUUGAUUUCUUCAAACCAAGCUGCUUACCUAUUGCAGAUUCAGUCUUACCAGCCUGGUGCAGGUCUACAAUUUUCUUUCUGGUGUCCUUUGACAGCUCUUUGGUCUUGGCCAUAGUGGAGUUUGGAGUGUGACUGUUUGAGGUUGUGGACAGGUGUCUUUUAUACUGAUAACAAGUUCAAACAGGUGCCAUUAAUACAGGUAACGAGUGGAGGACAGAGGAGCCUCUUAAAGAAGAAGUUACAGGUCUGUGAGAGCCAGAUCUCUUGCUUGUUUGUAGGUGACCAAAUACUUAUUUUCCACCAUAAUUUGCAAAUAAAUUAAUUAAAAAUCCUACAAUGUGAUUUUCUGGAGAAAAAAAAUCUCAAUUUGUCUGUCAUAGUUGACGUGAACCUAUGAUGAAAAUUACAGGCCUCUCUCAUCUUUUUAAGUGGGAGAACUUGCACAAUUGGUGGCUGACUAAAUACUUUUUUUCCCCACUGUAUGUGUUUCUCAGUAUUUGGAUUUGACUCUGUGUUUAUGUGUGUGUCCCAGCUGUGUGUAGUGGUGAGAUUACAGACUCAGCCGGGGUGGUUCUCUCUCCAAACUGGCCCGAGACCUACGACAAGGGCCAGGACUGCAUCUGGGGCAUCCAC